AACCUCUCCCCAAAUAACACCAGCAGCCAUUUCAUCUCCACCAAAGUAGAUACACGCGCACACGCAAAAAAAAAAAUGGCAGAAAUGGAGAAAGAAGGGAGACCGCCGGAAAAUAAAAGAAGCAGGAAACCGGCUCACCCCGUGAAAAGGGAAAUCAAUGAAGAGAUGAAGAACUUUGCAGAAAACACCAUGAACGAGCUCCUUGGCUGGUAUGGUUAUGAUAAGGUUGAAUUAAAAGAUGGAGAAGAUAUUGAAUUCAGGAACUACUCUGCAGAUGGGGAGAGCCGACAGCACAUUUCUGUUCUCAAAGAAAAUUCUUUGCCAAAAAUAAAAUUACCUGAAGACAGUGUUAUCUCAUCCUACAAUGUAAACACAAGCUAUCCAGGGCUUACAACAGGAAAUGGACUCUCAGACUCACCAGCAGGGUCAAAGGAUCAUGGGAAUGUACCCAUUAUCGUACCAUUAAUUCCACCACCUUUCUUAAAGCCACCAGCAGAAGACGAUGUGUCAAAUGUACAAAUAAUGUGUGCCUGGUGCCAGAAAGUGGGAAUCAAGCGCUAUUCCCUGAGUAUGGGGAGUGAAGUGAAAUGCUUUUGUAGCGAGAAAUGCUUCGCAGCUUGCAGAAGAGCAUACUUCAAGAGAAACAAGGCUAGAGAUGAAGAUGGACAUGCUGAAAAUUUCCCCCAGCAGCACUAUGCUAAGGAAACUCCAAGACUUGCCUUCAAGAAUAACUGCGAACUACUUGUAUGUGACUGGUGUAAGCACAUAAGACACACAAAAGAGUAUCUGGAUUUUGGGGACGGGGAACGAAGGCUUCAGUUCUGCAGUGCAAAAUGUCUCAAUCAGUACAAAAUGGACAUUUUCUACAAAGAGACACAGGCCAAUCUUCCAGCUGGACUCUGCAGCACAUUACAUCCUCCAGUCGAAAAUAAAGCAGAAGGCACUGGGGUGCAGCUGCUGACUCCAGAUUCUUGGAAUAUACCGCUAGCAGAUGCUCGGAGAAAGGCCCCAUCCCCAGUGUCUGCAGCUGGCCAAAUUCAAGGUCCUGGACCAUCAGCAUCUACCACUGCCUCUCCGCCUGACACUGCCAACUGCUCUGUCACUAAAAUCCCAACGCCUGUUCCCAAACCUAUUCCCAUCAAUGAGAAUCCAAAUAUGCCGCCAAUUUCUGUUCAGCCACCUGCUAGCAUUGUGCCUCCAAUUGGUGUCCCACCUCGAAGUCCUCCCAUGGUGAUGACAAACCGUGGGCCGGUUCCAUUGCCCAUAUUCAUGGAACAGCAAAUUAUGCAGCAAAUUCGUCCGCCGUUUAUUCGAGGGCCUCAUCAUGCCUCGAAUCCCAAUAGCCCUCUGUCCAACCCAAUGAUUCCUGGAAUCGGUCCACCCCCAGGUGGUCCCAGAAAUAUGGGCCCAGCCUCCAGCCCUAUGCACAGGCCAAUGCUAUCGCCUCAUAUUCAUCCUCCAACAACACCAACCAUGCCCGGAAAUCCCCCAGGUUUACUACCACCUCCACCUCCAGGAGUACCUUUGCCCAGUCUUCCCUUCCCUCCUGUAAGUAUGAUGCCAAAUGGUCCUAUGCCCAUGCCACAGAUGAUGAACUUUGGCUUGCCAUCUCUUGCCCCACUGGUGCCACCUCCAACCCUGUUAGUGCCAUAUCCAGUCAUUGUUCCUCUACCAGUUCCUAUCCCAAUUCCAAUCCCCAUUCCUCACAUCAAUGAUUCCAAGCCCCCAAAUGGCUUCUCCAGCAAUGGGGAAAGUCUCAUUCCAAGUACAUCUAGUGAUGCAACUGGGGCAAAGCCAACAAAUAACUCUGUGUCCCCCAGAAAUUCAAACCAAGGGCCUUCCAAGUCCUCUGAUUCAGCACCAAGUUGUUCAAGCCAGUCCUUAAAUCAAACACAAGUGCAUCAGGAGCACUGUAAAAAUGAAGUUGUUGAUUUGACUGUGAGACCUAGUAGUCCAGUGAACAAUAAGUUUGGUUUUCCAACAGUACUACAGGGACCACAGGAUGGUGUGAUAGACUUAACUGUAGGCCACAGGUCUAGACUACACAAUGUUAUCCACAGGGCUUUACAUGCUCAAGUCAAAGUUGAACAUGAAGCCAGCAGUGUUGUAAAUCUGGCUUUUGGUAGCUCAGAUAAAAGGAACUGCAAUGACUGCAGGAACAAUUGCAGCCCCACUGAAACAAAAACUUUACCUUGUAGUGACCCAGCUCACUGUGGUCCCACAGCAGUGGCCUCUGGCACGUCAGAAAAUAGUGCCGCUGCAGUUUGCAAUGUAAUUGUGAAUGGCACAAAGGGCCCGGAGGUCCCAGAGCAGCCCCAAGAUCCGAAGAAGUCUCAGCCACUAGAGGAAUUGCCAGUGAGUGAGCUGGAAUCUGUGAAGGAGAACAACUGCACACCAAACUGCCAGCGAGAAGGAGACUCUGGUAAGAAGACGGGGGAAGAGCCCCUGUUUGGGGGAGACAAGCAAGAUCCCAACCUUAACAAUCCUGCAGAUGAGGACCAUGCGUACGCAUUGCGGAUGCUACCCAAGACAGGCUGCGUCAUCCAGCCUGUGCCAAAACCAGCAGAAAAGACUGCUAUUGCACCAUGCGUUAUCUCAGCACCAAUUCUCAGCACAGGGCCAGAAGAUCUGGAGCCACCACUGAAAAGGAGGUGUCUCCGAAUUCGAAAUCAAAAUAAGUAAAGGAAUGCUCACUUUGACAGGGUAUCUUGCAUGGAGGAAGGGAGCAGAGCAAACCAUUCUACUUCACCAAAUGCACCAGCUGGUCCACUUUCCAACUGUUCUGGUUGAAAGUCAAGUAGACAAA